GGACUGGGGUCUGUAGGAGGAGAAAGGGGCACCCAGUAAAGUUCUGGUGAAAAAAGGAGCCUCCCGCAGACGGGGAAGAAAGCGUACCUUCCAACGAUGGCGCCGGCAAUGUGGGCCGAGAGGGAACCUCGAGGGGAAUAGCGGUGGAAAGAAAGGCGCCCCCAGGGGUGGGAAUGGGGACGACCCUGGAGAACAGGUGGGCACUGGAUUGACGUGGUGAGAAACGGAACACUCACGAGGUUGGGACUGAUGGAUCAGUGGGCGCCCUUCGGGAUUGGAUGUCAACAGAUCCCCGUUUCCCCUCCCCCCGCAGGUGCUGCUCGGUUCUCAUGUCCCCCAAACUUUACCGCAAUCCCCCCAGCCUCAGAAGCUCGUUUCUCCUUGGAGGAGCUGUCUGGCCCAGAUACAGAGCUGUGGCUUAUCCAGGCCCCUGCGAACUUUUCCCCAGACUGCCUCAACGGGCGGCUGGUGCCUCUCUUGGGCUCCCAGACAGUGAAGGGCAAGUUGGCAGGCCAGCGGCUGCGCUAUCAGGUCCUCAGCAGCAGUGGCACCCUCGAAGGAGAAGCAACCCUACUGGCUCCCUCAGUCCACGCAGGUGGUGGACUUACUUGUGCCCCAGCCCCCCAGGGCAGCCUAAGGAUCUUUGAGGGUCCCCAAGAAUCCCCAUCAGGGACCCCUCUGCAGCCCAUUCCAGCAAGUCCCCCACCACAAAUCCCCCCUGGCCUGAGGCCUCGAUUCUGUGCCUUUGGAGGGCGCCCCCCAGUCACAGGGCCUGGGUCAACUUUGGCACUGAAGUCACCUGCAUUGGGGAAGAGGAAAAAGAAGCGGCAGAUGCCAGAGGCCUCGGCUACACAGGAGGCAGUGAAUGGGUAUGGGGCCCUGGAGGUGGACACAACUUUGGGGUCCCUAGAAGUCGAUGUAGGGAAGAAAAAGAAAAAGCAGCCAGUAGAGGUGAUGGAGUCUGUGGUAACAGAGCCCACGGCUGAGAUGCUGGAGCCUCUGGGAGCCCUAUUCCCAUCCACCUCGAAGAAGAAGAAGAAGAAGCCCAAAGGGGCCGAAGCAGUGGAUCCGAAAGUGGGGAUGCCAGGACCAGAAAGAGAGAUGGUGGAGCCGGAGCUGCUGGUGCAAGCAGAGUCUCCUGAAGAGUCAGCCCUGUCCCCCGGCAAGAGGAAGAAGAGAAGAAAAGGGGCAGAAAUGGAGCUGGUGGAAGGGUCAGUGGUUGAGAGUCAGCCACAGGUGAAGGUGGAGCUGCAGGAGGAAGCCAUCCCACUGCCCCCCAGGAGGAAGAAGAAGAAGAAGAGGCAAGGUGCGGUGGCGGAGCCAGGGGCUGACGCUGCGGAGCCUGAGUGGAGGCCUCUGGUGCUGUGUGCAGACAGAACAGAGCCUGAGCUGCCAGGCGACCUGGGGCCUUGGGCUGAGGCAGCUCUGGUGUCUAAGAAGAGGAAGAAGAAAGAAAAGUGGCAAAACGUGAUGCUCGAGCCGGGGACAGAGGUGGCAGAGCCUGAGCUGCCAGGUGACACUGAGCCUCAAGAAGCUCCAGCAUCUACCAAAAAGAAGAAGAGAGAGAGGGGACACAAAAGGACAGAGCCAGGGACUGAGAUGACUGAGCCACCACAGGGGACAAUGGAGCUUGAGCUGCCUGGUGAGGGUGAGCCUGAGGUCAGCGCAGCACCAAGACUGACCAAGAAGCAGCAGCAGUGGCAGGAAGGUGAGAUGCCAGAGGGGCUACCCCGGGAGGAGGUUCCAGUGCCACUGCUAAACCUGGAGUCUGGGGAGGUGGCUUCCAGAGGACGAGAGAAGAAGCGGAAGAGGAAGCCACAGCAGGAUCCUGUGUAGCCUCCCCAGUUAAACUGAGGAACGUAAACCCCCCCUGGGCAUCAGAUGAGCAAAGCAUCAGACCCAGACAGACCCUGAACCCCAACAGCACCUGCCCCAGUAACCCAGCAGGAGCCUGGCCUCAAAGAAUGCUUUAUUGUCACACUGGGGGUGGCAGCUGUUCAUCGUGGCACUUUGAGGAAAGGUUCAUGCAGGACAUCAAACAGCCUGCGGGCCUGGGGCGGGGAGCGAAAGGACCCAGUCAUUAAAUGAGCCAUGUGUUUGCUGCA